AUGUCUCAGAUCAGCCCUGUGGAUGUAGUUAGGCUCUUGCUCAACCCGGACAUUUCCAAUAAAUUGAUUUUGCAAUUGGCCUGGAAUAGGGCUAAGGUGAUGAAAAAGGGUCCACUAGUGUCUAAAUUGUUGGGGUCAUUAAUAGUUGGUGUAUCAUCGUUCAUUAGAGUUCCACAGAUUAAGAAAAUCACCGAUCCUGUAUUGUUAAAAGAUCGUAUAUCUGUGGCCAAAGGAUUGUCGAUGGAGGGAAUUAGUUUAGAAACUUUGGGGUACCUUAUCCAUGUAGUCUACAAUAAGCAGAACGGGAACCCAUUUGUAAAUUACGGUGAGACAUUUUUACUUGGUUUACAAAACAUCGCCAUAAUCUUACUUAUAAGGUAUUACAAUGCUAGAAAGGCUGGUAGUGAUGAAGUUGGUGCCCUUAUCGAAUUGGCGCAACCAAUAGCUAUCAUCUUGGCCAUUGGUUUUGGGUUAAGUCGAAGCGCACCCGAGAACUUCAUUCUGGGAUUGCAAGUGUUGAGUAUUCCAAUCUCUAUUGUUUCGAAAAUUCCCCAGAUUAAAAAAAAUUAUGCCUUGAAAAGCACGAGCCACUUGUCUAACAUAACAGUUGGAGCCAAUGUUCUAGGUUCCUUUAUUAGAGUGUUUACUACAUUGCAGGACUUUGAAAAAUUAGGGAGAGAUAAGGUGUUACUUGCAGGAUACUGUAGUUCGUUUGCCUUAAAUGCGAUAUUAGCUGGCCAAUGUUUGAUUUAUGGUAAAGGAAAAGAAGUGGAUGAAGAGAAGUAA